AUUAGAAGAAGAAAAAAUAAAACGAGGAGGAAGAAGAAAAAUUAUGAAACAUCUUUCGAUAUGUCGGCAUCUUUCAGUCGUUUGGAGUUUUUGUUUAUUUCUGCUCAGCGAGCUGUAACUCAGACUGUUUGUGGCGGCUGUAGAAGAUGGAGACAGUUACCUGUUUGGAGCCAGAGGAGAGCACUCAGCCAGAAUAAUACGAUUAUUAAUAUUAAUAACAGCAACACAGAAAAACUGGUGCGAAAUGGAGACAACAAGAAAACUGUGAUCUGCAUCGAGGGGAAUAUUGCCAGUGGAAAGACAACAUGCCUGGAAUACUUCAGCAGGACGAGCAACAUAGAGAUCGUUACUGAACCAAUUUCUAAAUGGAGGAAUGUCCGCGGACACAACCCUCUGGCCCUGAUGUACCAGGAUCCUCAGCGUUGGGGGAUCACGCUGCAGACUUACGUUCAGCUCACCAUGUUGGAGAGACACCUGUCAGCUGCUUCUGCUCCCGUCAUGAUGCUGGAGAGGUCCAUCUUCAGUGCCAAGUACAUCUUUGUGGAGAAUCUCUAUCGAAGCGGACAAAUGCCCGAGGUGGACUACGCUGUUCUGAGCGAGUGGUUUGACUGGAUCACAACAAACAUCUUCCUGCCUGUCGACCUGAUUGUUUACCUGCAGACGUCUCCUCAGACGUGCCACGAGAGGUUGAAGCAAAGAUGCAGAGAGGAGGAAAAAGUCAUUCCACUGGAGUAUCUGGAGUCCAUCCACCAGCUGUACGAGGACUGGCUCAUCAGGUUUACCUCCUCUCCUGUUCCUGCUCCUGUUCUGGUGAUUCCGUCUGAUUGCGACCUCCAGAAGAUGUUGCACCGGUAUGAGGAGCACCGAGACAAGAUUCUAACCGUCAGCAACCUCUGAUGUCCUCACGUUUUACUCACAGCACAUUGUAUAUUUCUAUUUAUUAGAGCUGCAUAAUGGGUCAUUCCCAGCAAAUAUGACUCACAAAAUGUUUUCAUCGUUAAGCUUUUCUGACCUACACCGAAUAACUUCAGAAACAAACAUUCCUCAGAACGUCAGCUUGAUUUAAAAACCUUUUUAAUAAAAACGUUUGAAAACAGCAAA